AUGCCUCCAAAGAAAGUCGGCCAGCGAGUCGAUCGAGAAUCCUCGAUCGAAAAGACCGAGGAGUAUGAGGAUUUCCUGAAGGAACUAGCAGCUUACCAUGAAAAGAGANNGGGUAGCACCAAUAUGGAAAACGAGCCGAAGGUCGAAACCCAGCACAUCGAUCUGUUGAAGCUGUAUAAACGCGUGGUAGCAGAGGGAGGAUAUGACCUGGUGUCGAAUACGAAGGAAAAGCCUUUGAUGUGGAGAAAGAUCGCCGACGAACUUCUUCCUGGAAUCAAGAACCUGGCGGGCGCAGCUUUCUUAGUAAAGAGAGCGUAUUACUACAACCUCGUUGCGUACGAGAUCUCGACGCAUUGGGGCAAGGAGCCACCACCGAAGGAGGUUGUCGAGGACGUGACUGCGAAAGGAGGCGACGUUAUGUCGAGGACGCUGGACAAUUAUCCAAACUCGGCAGUCAAAGAGAAGAACACGAUGAACGGGCACUCGUCCGAUAAUGAGGACACUGCCAAGGAUCACGACGACAAUGGUGAACCGGGAAGCGUGCGGUCGACCAGGGGACUGCGCCAGGCGCCGCCGCAGCGUGUUCUCUACCAACCCGACACGAGCGCCCCACGUCAAACACGCAACCAAGGCCAACACACCUCGCAGACUCCUGCUUCACCAUCACCUGCGUAUGCCAACACCACUCCAAUGACUCUAGCAACCUACGAGCCGCAGCAGCUGCUGCCCUUGACGCUCAAGCCCGUCACCACUCCUGCCAACAAUGCUGAGUACUACCGCCUCAAGCGCAAGCAAGAACAAGAGGCCCAGGCCAGCCAUGUCGCAAAGAAGCAUAGAGGGCUCAUGCUGCCAGGCACUGGUUUCAUCGGCCCCAACAUUUAUGUUCGCGCUCAGCUUGCUCUGCAGUCUGGUCUGCCCGACGAGGAAGAGUAUGCUUUGCAUCAUCUCGUCAAGAUCUCGCACGAGCGAGGCGACAAGUACCGCUUCGACCAAUUCGCUGGUCUGGCCGAGGCUCUCGUGAACAAGCUUUUGCAGGUGACUUCUCUCUUCUACGACCUCGAGUGGGACAUCUCUUACGAUGAAUCUACUGGUCCGCGCACUCUUGACGCAAUCAACGGCACACCCGGUCUUCUACAGAAGCUGCAGUCUGCUGUUCCUCUGGAUACUGCUCAUUCCGUCGAGACCACAGAGUUCAGACAGGCCCUUGGCCGUAUCACUGAAGCUGGUCUUGUCAUUCGCAACAUGGUCAUGCUGGACGAAAACGCUCAAUACAUCGCUAAGCUGCCCCUCCUGCGCGACUACUUCUGCAUCGUGCUCAACUUGCAACCCCAUCCCGCCCUGGUCGAGCUGCAGUACUAUGCCCUCGAGACCAUCGAGCAGCUCACAAAGCACUACGACCUCGACGCGACUGACCUUUUGUAUGAAACCCUGCUUGCUCAAUUGGAGUCCAACGACCGUGGCAGAAUCAACACCUCUUUGCGCGCCAUCGCUCGACUUGGCAUGACCUACGAGGAGAACAAGCGACUCGAACUUGUUCCUCUGGAGAUUGUCCAAAAAUUGCCUGAUUGGAUGAUGCUCCCCGACGAAGAGCUGCGUUCCGCCUGCUUGGACUUCCUCUUUCAGUACACAAGUAUCGCCGACAACGUCGAGACAUUGGCUCUGGAUGCUGAUGUCCAGAAUCUUGUCAAGCAACUGUCUGAUCUGUUGCUCUACAACGCAAAGAAGGAGGUGCCUAAGAUGCCCAAGCCUCGCUCUUCCGAGCCCCACUACGACUCAGAAAGCUCCUGCCAUGUUCCGCGCCUGUCUCAAGAUGUGAUAGAGUCACUACUGCAGUUCGCCGAGCCUGACCGUAGCUCUCGCUGGCUGCGUAUGUGCUUCGAGACAGACCUCGAAUCCGAAAUGACCCAGAUCCACCUAUGGCAGUCAUACCAAGCCACUUUCUUAAAAUACCAUCCGACUCAUGGAAACCUCAUAGCCGGAGAGUUCAUCAAGAACGUCUCAAACACAUUCACUGGCGCAUCUGCCCAAGUCGCUCAUUCCAAAUACGUGAUCAAGGGCAUCAGACCUCGCAAGGUCGCUCAUGACGUUGAUGGCAAGGAGCUCGUCAAGUGCUGCUGGCGCACCAAUCCCACAGAUGUUCCACAGGAACAUGUCGCUAUNCUUGCCAACGAAAGCGGCAAGGAGUGCGGUGAGUUCUUCAGCAACGGUCCGAAGCUUUGGGAGCAUAUUCUCUCUUCGCAUCUCAAGGUCCCCAAGAAGGCACCCAUCACUGCCAACGGUGAUACUCCACAGCCACCACAGAGCACUUCGAAGGUCGCCGCCUUCGACUUUCCUGCAGCCGAUCCGUCCUUGUCGUACAGUUGCAAAUGGAGUAGCUGUUCUCGCCAAAUCUCUGGUGACCACAACCUGCCUGUCGGCCUUGCACUGUUGGCCCGUCACAUCAACACUCAUUUGCCAGACAGCGGUCCUCUCGCCGAGCAGAGACGUCAGAACCAGCUCAACUCAAAGGAGGUUGAGGACUCUAUUCCUAGCAACCGCGUCUGGCACCGCACAAUGGCAGACGAACGCAACGACGCCGCUGGUCUACCUCUGGGCUCAGCACUCGUGUUGCGAAACAUUGCUCGUGGUGUCCGUAAGAUGGCACACAGCGCAAACGGAGCUGCCGCCACCGCUGCUGCUGUCGAAGAAAAGGCCCAUCCCGCCGGUGAUGACGAGCAGCCUCCUCGUGAUAACGAAGACGAUGAGACUGCUGUCGCCAUGCCUGAGUCACCCAUCCCACCCUCGGCCGAGCUGAUGAAGAAGAUCUUCGACCCUAUCAGAGACAAGCUCUUCUUCGCCAUGGCCCACAACCCUACUCUCAAAGACCACCUUACCGCCGUCCUCUGCGCCAUCGCCAACGGCGGAGGUUAG